UCCCGCCUAUUUCCGGUUUCCCUACUGCCGUCUCAUUGGCUCAGCGUUCUCACAGACUGGCCUCAGAAAUUUCAACCAAUGGAAACCGGUCAGAAACUACCGUCUUAGCCAAUGGUACCUGGGUGCGAACAGUAAAAGGCCUCCAGUCCAGCAUCGCCUCGCCAUUUCCCGAGCCGUCGGUGAGUCGCCCAAGGGCCUACUGGCCGCGUUCCGACGACGCGUAUUGGGACUGGAAGAGUCUCAACCAGUGUUUUGUGUUCCCUCCUGUGGUCCCUUUUCGAGAUCAGCCGGACCUUCACACCCUGCUCCGCAGGGCUCGAGGGGGCAUCAUCGCGCCAUCGUUUCUUCUCAUGAGUGUCCCACAGCCUAUGGUGAAGUUGGGCGAUGCUCAGCCCGCAGCAGCUGCACAGUGUCCAACGCUGCCCAGCGUGCCCGCCGCCCGGAGCCUCACCAUUGAUGAUUUUGACAUCGGGCGUCCUCUGGGCAAGGGAAAAUUUGGGAAUGUGUACCUGGCUCGGCUCAAGGAAAGCCAUUUCAUUGUGGCUCUGAAAGUCCUCUUCAAGUCCCAGCUCGAGAAGGAGGGAAUGGAACACCAGCUGCGCAGAGAAAUCGAAAUUCAGGCACAUCUACAACACCCCAAUAUCCUACGCCUAUAUAACUACUUCCAUGAUGCACGUCGUGUGUACCUGAUUCUGGAAUACGCUCCAAGGGGUGAGCUCUACAAGGAACUUCAAAAGAGCCACACUUUAGAUGAGCGCCGUACAGCCACGAUAAUGGAGGAGUUGGCAGAUGCCCUGACCUACUGCCACGAGAAUAAGGUGAUUCACAGGGAUAUUAAGCCAGAGAACCUGCUGCUGGGGUUCAGGGGUGAAGUGAAGAUCGCAGACUUUGGGUGGUCUGUGCACACCCCCUCACUGAGGAGAAAGACAGUGUGCGGGACUCUGGACUACUUGCCCCCAGAAAUGAUUGAGCAGAAAACAUACAGUGAGAAGGUGGAUCUGUGGUGCAUUGGGGUGCUCUGCUAUGAGUUACUGGUGGGAAAUCCACCUUUUGAGAGCACCUCCUAUUCUGAGACCUACAGACGCAUCCUCAAGGUUGACUUCAGGAUUCCUUCAUCAAUACCUUUGGGAGCCCAAGACUUGAUCAGCAAGCUUCUCAGAUACCAGCCUUCGGAGCGGCUGCCAUUGGCCCAGAUCCUGCAGCAUCCCUGGGUGCGGGCCCACUCUCGGAGGGUGAUGCCUCCAUCUGCUCAGAUGGCUUCCUGAGCUCUGUCCUCCCCUGUUCCUGUGUGUUUGUUCGAGUUCUCCUGACCCCGCUAUCUCAUCUGCCUUCAGUUUCUUCUUUUUUAAAAUAUAACAUGUUAAUAAAAGGUUAAUCAUUUUG